AUGGCGGCAAGGAUGCAGGUUCGUAUCGGCGGGCCGUCCAAGAGUGAGGUGGAAGCUGUGGCGCAGCAGAAUGUGGGGUCCCAAGGCUGUGCCAACAUUGACAGUCGGUUCAACGGCACGCGCAAAGCUCGAAUGUGGCUCAGAGACCAGCACAAGGAAAAACGAUGUGGGACAGAAGCGUUGUACAAUGCAGAUCCGGUAAGCUGCAUGAUGAGUGCAGACACAGAUGCUGCGAGCACGAGCGACAAGGCUGCACCUACUGCUUGGCGAUCACGUGCUUUCGCGCUGUCGAUCCCGCGGCCUGUCCAGCGAACCGUUUGCGUCGACAUCUGA